AUGGCCAGCAUACUUCGAACGGCCCUGCUUGGGCUUCUUCUCUUUACCACCGCGCAAGCACAGUUCCAGUUCUUCGAGCAAAUGUUUGGCGGAGGCCAGCAGCACCAGGAGUCAUCAGGUCAAGGCGGCAACGUACCAAGUGAUAGCGCAUGGUAUCAGAAUACUUACAAUGGAGCCCAAUGUUCGAAUUAUCUAUGUCCUGGAACUUUAGCCUGCGUCGCUGUUCCACAUCACUGCCCUUGUGCACAUCCCAAGGUUGAGGAGAAAUUCGAACUCGGGGAAGGAAGCGCUAUAUGCGCCUCAAAAGGUGGCUUCAAGGCUGGGGAGACAGCUCGGAAGAUAGAGCUCGCGCGAAAAGGACUACUAUAA